AUGCCCCACUUUUGCACCUUCAUACAGCAGGGAUUACCUCUGAGGGUCGCACGAACGUCAACACAAGUUGUAUUCCUGCGAGCACUAUUUCUCCCCCUGACUUAUCACACAUCACAUCCAAUGAGUGGAUUCUCUUUGGUGAUGAUUGGGAUGAAUGCCCUCCAGAAUAUAUGUAAGGAGGGCUCAGCAGAACUCAUUUGCGAACUGUCCUCUGACAAGCGGAAAUGCACUGCUACGGAUGCACCAUUACUAGCCUGGAUCCCUGAGUGCCAGGCAUUUCUAGAUGAAACGCUGCACCUCAAGGGUUGUGGAAAUGCAGGAGAUUCAUGUUUUUGUGGUCUCGCUGCACCUGUUUUCAGAUGUUGGGAUUGCUUUGGGAUUCACAUGAGCAAUCCCUUACACAGGAUUGAUGUAUCACCCUAUCAUAUGUGGAGUAACUCAUAUUUCCAGUGCACCUCCCUGAAACAAAUCAGUCUCUGCAUGCAGUUAGGUCAUAAUCCAGGUGAGAUCUGCUACAACCCUCAUCCCUCUACCGGGGAUGACUUCAUUGUAAUCGAUGUCCAUGGCAUUCAUGAGAUCAUGCUCGAUUUCUGUGGCUGUGCAAGCAGUCAGGUGCACUACAAACAGUUACUUCGUGCUCACUGGUAUCCAGCUACAACAUCUGAGCCUCAUACUGCUGCGACCUUCAGUCUACUCGAGCACUUCCAUCUCCUCUCAUUCAAGAGUAAGGUUUCCGCAUAUGAAUUCUACCAAUCCCUAGCAAGACGAAACAAUAAUGCAGGGUUGUUACCUAUAAGGGAUCGUUACUCUGCAUUCAUGCAUAUUGUGCGUGAAUGGUGCCAUGAUCCUGCUGGUGUCAUCGCCACCUCUGCGGGCGAAUUAGCUGCGCAAUGCCCAGUGUGCCCGCACUCUGGGAAAAAUAUACCAGAGGGCUGGCAAGAUGUGCCACUAACUGUUAGGUGGAAAUACACAUUAUUUGUUGCAAUCGAUGUGAACUUCCGGCUCAAAUGGAAGGCAGUCUCAUUGGAUAACAUCGACCCCAACCUCAAUUCUGGGUGGGCAUAUUUUGUUGAGGAGGCUGCGUACAAGUCAUACCUGGCAGAUCAAGCCAGUGUGAAACAAGAGUGCAGCACGUGCUCCUCCUGUGGUCUCGCAGUGACAGGUGUUGGGGCUGUGGACUGCGCUAGACACAACAUGAAACUGGCAAACAGUGUCGGAGACAGUAGACUUGCUGGAAGCCAUGCCAUCAAGAUUACAUAUUCCUCACUACUCCAUGUCCAUCCGGUUCUUCAUUCUGAAAUUCCACCUCAAAGCACACAUAGAAGAGUAUCAGCAGAAUUUUUCAUUCAAUUGGACCAAACACAUCGGACGAAUGGACGGGAAGCUCCCAAGCAUGGAUGUACCAAAGAAAUGGGUCCUGGGUCCCGUCGGGAUACCCUCGACAACCAUUUUGGGGACUGGAAUUGGAAAAAAAUCAUAGUGUUAGGUCUGUUCUUUUUCAGUUUUAUUAUCCUCUGUCAAGUGGAAAAGGGAAUAUGGGAAGCACUCACAGAGCUCGAGAAUACCAUCCAACCUACUCUCAUCAUUCAAUGGAGGAAGGAAGUAGAAGCCUGGGAGGAGGAUAAUUCUAACUCCAAUCCAUUUGAAAGUCGUUAUACUCGUAUCACACAGGCAGCAGUUUGGUUACAACUCGCUGAGCUUCAGGCUGGGACCAAUGUCUCCUUGCACACUGAUAUAUCUCCCAGCGGACUAAUCACUACUGGCAUGGAUCUGCAAGACCAACAACAGCGCCUGAAGAUGGACAUUGUUAGUGCGUCUCUCCACCCUACAGACAAGCAGAAGAGUAACAUGCAGCUACGCAUCACUACUCUGCAACGUCGUCUGGAUGCAUGGGCCCAUGUCCAGGAGUUGUACAUGCCUGUCAUGUCCCAACUGCAUCAUCAAACAUCGGACGCUAGUAUGUUGAAUACAGUGGAGCUAAAUCCUGACACCUUCAAGCUGUGGCUGCCAUCAGAACUCCAACCUAUGACAGUGUGCAACGAGAGCCUGGCAGCACAUGAAUGGAAGUUAUGCCAUGCGCAAGCUCUGGAUGCUCUCACCGAACUCCGAUCACACCUUCGCCUUUGGUCUCUAUAUACAUCUUCUACAUGCACGCAGGCCAUCAUCAAUGGUGUGGAACUGAGGAAGCAGGUUAGCGUCGAAAAGUACCGCCACGCAUGCAAUGCGCUCCUGACUCUCAGCCAUCGACUUCACCAGUCUGGCUGGGAAAUUCUCCUUCCACCACUCCUGGAUUCGGAUGUCCGACCUAUGGGUGAUAUGGAGAGCCAGGGUACUGGGACCAUCUCAUGGAUUUGGCUGGACUCACGGGCAGACAAUAGCAGCUCGGAGAAUGAGCAAGUUCAGGACUGUGAGUUUAUGAGGCAUAGUGUCCACGUGGAGUGGUGUAAAGCACAUGCCUGA